CAGCGGUUUGUUUGCGCAGGGGCUUACUGAAACUGAUUUCUCUGUGGGGACGGUCUUCCAAUCUGUUCAAGAAGCUCGGGAAGCAAUCAAAAGGUAUGCGCGACAGAAGAAACGGGGCAUAUAUUGGGAGCACAAUGACGCAGAGCGCCUUGAUGCGCGUUGUAAGUCUAUGGAAGGACGACCAUGGCCAGAGAAAGGAGCCGAGCAUCCCAUUGACGGAUGUCCGUUUCGCAUAUUUGCAAGGGGUCCCCGUGGUUGCCGAUUUCAAGUCAGAGAGGCCUGCCUGCAGCAUCUCACAAGGUGCACCGUUAACGCAGGAAGGGUGCGAAGAACGGAGGUUAAAGAGAUUGCUCGGGCCGUCAUGCCAUACGGGGAUCUAAGGCCACACGGGCUUAGGAAUCUCGUGCAAGAGCACCUUGGAACGAGCUGCUCAUACAACACAUCCAACACAUCCAUUAAUGAGGUCAAUGCAGAGGAUGCCCUUGCUGGAGACAAAGGGUUUCAGUACAUGCGAAGUAUACUACAAGUUUUCAAGAGGGAGAAUCCGACGAGUGUUGUGUCCAUGAGAAGGAAAGGCAAUAUGUUUUGGAGGGCGGGAAUGACAUUUCCAGGUGCAAGAACAGCAGCCCUAAACUGUUUACCGAUUGUUUUUGUCGACGGUUGUCACAACAAGGGAAGAUGGGGGGGAUGCACACUCAACGCUGUUCUUUUAGAUUGUGAACACAAGCUGGUGAGAAUGGGGAGCGCCUGGGUUGAGGGUGAGAAUGGGGAUGCUUGUGGUUACUUUUUGCAGCUACUACUCGAAGCUGUCCCAGAACUGAAUUCUCCUAACUUUACACUCAUGCAUGACCGUGGGAAGGCAUGGAAGGCCGCCAGGUUACUCAUGAUGCCUCUCAUCCGUGAGUCUUUCUGCAUCACUCAUAUCACCCGGAAUUUCAAUUCGAAGUUUGGCUCGACCGUGGAUGGAAAGAUUGAGUUGGCUGCAUUUGCCUUAACACCGGACGUUUACAGGGGGAUGAUGGACAAGGUAGAGGAAGAAUGUCCGGGGGGGAAGGAGUAUUUAGAAAAAGAGGGGUUAUCUCAAAAGUGGGCUGCAUCACGCUUCGGGGCACCACGCUAUGGAUGUUACUCCUCUAAUCCCGUAGAGUCACACCAUGCGACAAUGCGUAGUGUAAGGAGACAAAAUCCAGCUCAGGUUCUUCUAUCUUUCAUCCAGAAAGAAGCCAUUGCAUUGUGUGAGAUGGGGAAGACGUAUGGACAGUUGAAUGAGGCCGAUUUUCCCACAAAAACUUCUGCCAUCAUUACGGAAAACCGAGAGAAGGGGACGUCGUACAGGGCGGAGCAGACAGGGCCCUUCGACCCAUCGAACGGUCACCGCAUCUCGUACAAGGUUACGCGGCGAAGCGGGAACGAGCAAAGGCGGGUGCGCAUUGAUCUUCAGGAACCCAAGAAAUCAGUGUGUUCUUGCAACUACACACG